UUCAGAUCAUAUUUGAACCCGAAAUAGCUCGACCAUCAGCAAUGACGUACACUAAAUAUGACUCAGGAGCGGGAUCAGGAAGAACAUGGGAGUACAAAUCGAAAGACAGCUCUUUCCAUGGAAAAGAACGAGAUUCUCAAUCUUCACCAAUCAAGAAAAACUGCUACAAAAUCUCCAAUAUUACUGCUGGAAGACGUGACCUUGAAGUGGAAGACUUUAUGGAGAAGAAUGAGAUAGCUGUAAGUGGCAGAGACUUCUUGAGACCUGUGCAAUCUUUCGAAGAGCUGGAUGUUCCAGCGUUUGCGCUUGCGCCGAUUCGAAGAAACAAUUUCGAAAAGCCCACUCCCAUUCAGGCUCAGUCAUGGCCUUUGGCCCUCAGUGGAAAUGACAUGGUUGGUGUGGCGCAAACAGGAUCUGGCAAAACAUACUCGUUUGUGUUGCCUGCCGUUAUGCACAUUAAGAGUCAAGACAAGAGGAAGAGUUACGAUCCAUUGGUUCUCAUUUUGAGUCCAACAAGAGAAUUGUGUCAGCAAAUUUCACAGGUUGCUUCAGAAUUUGCAAAGGAUGCCAACUUGAAAAUUGUUACAGUGUACGGAGGUGCUUCUAAGUAUGAGCAAAAACGCGCUCUUUAUGGCGGUGUGGACAUUCUGGUUGCUACUCCAGGACGUCUGUUGGAUUUCAUGGAAAUGCGCGCCGUGAGUGUAAGGGAGAUAUCCUUCUUGGUUUUGGACGAGGCUGACCGAAUGUUAGACAUGGGUUUCGCUCCCCAAAUGAAGGAUAUCAUCACAAAAACCAGGCGUGAUAGACAGACACUGAUGUUCUCGGCAACUUGGCCCAAAGAAGUUCAUAAAUUGGCUGACAGUUACCUAACUGAUUACGUAAAAGUAAACAUCGGAGCCCAAGACCUUCAUGCGAACCACAAGAUUAACCAAGUUAUUCACAUGGUCGAUGAGCGAGAGAAACAAACACGUCUCGUGAAAUUGUUGGACGACAUCAUGAGAGAGAAAGAGAACAAGACGAUCAUCUUUGUGGAGACGAAGCGAGGAGCGGAGGGACUGUGUCGUACUCUCAGUGGAGACAGGUUCCCAGUUGUUGCAAUGCACGGAGAUAAAUCUCAAGCAGAACGAGAACACGCUCUUAGAGAUUUCAAAAACGGUCGAAAACCCUUGUUGAUUGCCACUGAUGUUGCGUCGCGCGGUAUUGACAUUCGGGACAUCCGAUACGUGAUUAACUUCGACUACCCCAACAACUCGGAAGACUACGUGCACAGAAUCGGCCGAACGGCGAGGAGUGACGCCAAAGGAGACGCCCAUACUUUCUUCACGAGAGGAAACGCGCCCAAGGCCAAGGACCUGGUGAAAGUACUGGAGGAGGCAGGCCAGGAUGUACCCAGAGACCUGCUGGACAUGUCCAGAACAUCGUACGGAAGACCAAAAUAUGGCGGAUACCACGGCAAACCAAGAACAGGAGGAUUCGGUGGCGGUUCCAGAGGUGGUCAUUCUCACAAAAGAUUCUGAUGAUGGACAUCCCAAACCUAGACCAGCAAACGAGAUUUUAAUCUUCAGUUUUAAGGAGACCUGACUUGAACUUUUUAUGAAAGUAGAAAUAAAAAGACUUAUCACAACACUUAACAUUUCGUGCAGUAAUUGUGACCAACAUCGCUGUGAAAUGAGCUAUCUGAGAGAUUGAAAUCCCGACCAACUUUUUGAUGUUCCAAGUAUAUUCAUCGUCUGUGAGUUGUUCGUACCAAUUCAGUUAUUCUGCAUGA